UGUGGCACUUGUGCUAAACUCCUAAGGCAUAACGUUCUUUAAAAAAAUCUAUGUGCAACCUUAGUUAAAAUGACAAUUGAAUGGUAAAGAGGCAUUCUCAGAUAACCUACGCAGAAAAAUAGACAUUUAUAUAUUUAUUACAUAUAAUUAGACAUGAUGGUUAUGGCUCUACAUAGCAGGAGAGAGCUGUUUCAGGUGUUUGAAAAAUGCAAAAUCCACUGAAUUGGUUCUUUGACUGAACCUUAUCAACAUGGAAUAUUCCACCUCCAGCUAGACUUGGGGGUGGGUGCAGAAUAAAUGACAUGUGGGGGGCACACAAGCAACUGUUGCAGAGGACAGCUGUCAUACACUGAAGUCUCUAAAGACAUGAUCAUACAAAACAUUGGCACAAUGGUCUGAACUAAAAGUGCACAAGAUGGUAAAGGAAAUGUUUUAAACUGAUUAUUUGACUUCAAUACUGUGUUUUCAUAUCUUGUUUACUUUUUCUGAUAAGCGUUUUAUGGGAAUACUACAUUGCAGUCAUGUCCUCUUCGGAUCAUCUGAAGACAGAUUGGACAAUCAAGUCACUCCCACAGCAAUGCACAGAGAUGACAAAAGAAAUUGAUGAUAAACCUGUCAAGGAGCUAUGUGUUAUCUUCCCCUGGCUGGUGGAGAGGGUUGUUGGCAGCCUGGAUGGCAGCACUGUUGGUUGGAGUCUUUCCUCCCUGCAAGCCCACAGCAGUGACUACAGCAAUGUACUGGAGUUCCUACAACCAAGUGGCCCAAUGCUGAAACUUGUUUAUAAACUUCAAGCUGAAGACUACAACUUUGAGAUCCAAGUCGCCAAUUUACCUGAUCGUGUGAGAAUUUCCAUCUACGAGGGGGUCAUUUCAAAUAGCCGGAUUUUCCUCAAUAAAUUACCCUCUCAGAAUCAUCAGAGAUUGUCACUCAAUGCCUUUGAGUACUUUAUGUUUUAUUUUGCCACAAGCGUCAUUACACAGAGGGAUCACCACUCAGGGCAGCAAACCUCCAUCUCAAACAGCGUCUACUUUGCCUUGGUGGAUGCAUAUUUCAAACACUUCCUGCUUACAGAAGGAUCCCCCCACUCAGAUGUCAAAGGCACCUUGACCUCACACAUUCCAAGGUCCUCUAAGUAUAGUGAAACAAGCAAAGGCCUGUUGAAAUGCCAGUGCCCUGUUAACGCUGAGACAACCAAUCAGAGUAUCUGGAGAUCAGGGACUAUGCUACAGAUAUUUUUGGAGAUAUGGCUGCCACAUUUCCCCUUGGAGACACACCAGAAGCUUAAUGAGGUCUCUGUCAUCACAGAGGAGCACAUACUGGUGGUGAGACUGCUGGUGAAGCACAUGCAUGCCCUCUCUGGAAAAACAAAACUAGACCAGUCUGAUGUCUUACCUUCUGCCCACUCAGAAACCCAUCUCUCAGAAGAUUUUAAAAGAGUGGUCACAUCAGAAUAUGCACAGAGGUUGUACCUUCUCUUGCUGCACUGCUUCAAACAGUGGCCUAUGGAGACAUCCUUCAGAGCAGUAUUGGAGACGUGGCUUAGUUACAUCCAGCCCUGGAGAUACCAAAAACAUGUCUACAGUGAAAGCAAAGAGAAAUGGGCCUCUUUCAUUCAGGAGAAUAUUCUCAUGUACACCAGGCUAUUCAGCUUCUUCUUGAAAAGAUUGGCACAUGUCGACCUCGUCAACAUCGACAAUGCAACCAUGGUUUUCAGGAUGACAAAAGUAUUUGCCCAAACCAGUCUUCCAGAAUUGAUUGAAAAUGGAGAAAAAUUGCUAUUGCAUCAGGGUCCCCUCCCAUCCACUCUGAUGGCAUCUCAGGUGCAGCCCACUGAAAUAGCUGCCCUGCCCAAGACUCACACCAAUAACAAGAAACUACAAAUGUUUGGGGUAGAAAUGCGAGCUGAGGUGCUGAAACUGGUCCAGAGACUAAUGCAGGCCCAACAGACUGCAAAAACCACAUUGGACCAGCCAGCCAAUGUAUCAGUUGGUCAGUUUCUCUGUUCCUGGAAGAGGUCGAUUCUUAAAACCAAUUCAGAAGGUGGGGGGAAUGACAUGACCAAGUCUGACAUGAAGACAGUGGAGCUACUAAAGAAAGCUGUGGACAACCUCAAGCAGGUUUACAAUCUCAACACAGGUCAUCUAUCUCAGAUGAUGAUGAACAUGGGGUCAGUGGAGGAAUCCAAGCAGCUCCCUGACUGUAUUCACAGUGAAAACGGGCUGAUCCUAACAGACCUUGGCAGAAUGCAGAUUAUCAAUGGCCUUCGCAGAUUUGAUAUUGAGUAUCAAGGGGAUCCACAGCUGCAGCCUGUGAGAAGCUAUGAAAACGCAGUCUUGGUGCAGCUUAUGUUUUGGAUCGCCACUCUAAUCAAUAACAGACUUGAAGGACACAUGAACGAUCUGUGCUCACAACAGAACCUGCUGGGAAGGCUGGGACAACACUACCUUAUCAUCUCCACUGUAAAAGGAAGGUUCCCAAGGAGUACAGUGACACAGCAAAGCCAGGAGGACUACCACCUGCGGCCACGCCUUACCCUGCGCACAUUUGCGAGUUAUCGCACAUUACUCAUUCUCCUGUUACUCUACUCGCUGGGAUCUCUGUUUUCUAUUAGCCCACUGUUCAGCACAUGCCUCAUCUUAAUGUUGAGCUUUUUGUAUGGACUGUGCAUGACUGUCUACGUGGGAAAGUAAAAAACGUUUUUCUGCGUCAAUGUGUGUGUUAUACCUAAUAAAGGUGUUUUGAACUCA